GAAAGCUUGAAUUCCUCAUAUAUGUCACAUUUCCGUUAAUCAAGUGAUCACUUUAAACAUAUUAAAUGAAUCACACUAUCUAGCGGAGGGCACGCGUACAGUUUGGGAUACAGACAGGUCUGGACUGUUAGUCUUAAAGGGCGGAAAAGUCGGACAGAUAAGAUGACCAUGAAGCGAUCACUCAGACGAGUGCCAUUUACACUGAUGUAUAUGUUGCUGUACUUCAUAUCUUUGAACGAUGCACAACCGGAAGGCAUUUUCGAUAAACCAACGUCAGUAUCAAAUGUUUUGUCUCUUAUGGGAAAAUAUGGACUUCAACAAAUCAAAGCUGAAGGAAGAGCAAAUACGAAACAGUACCUUGUGACCACCCUGUUAACCGCUGAAGAACUAGAUGAGGCUUCAGUCUGGGAAAUGGAUAAAUUACUAGCAUUGGGAAAGGAUAGACUAAAAAUAUUUUACAAUCAAAAUGUGGCUGGCGCCGAUGAGUUGGAAACAAAGGGCGGACCGAGGCAUGGGGAGAUACUAUUUAUUUAUUUUGAUGAACAUAAUUCUGUGGAUGCUCUUAAAGAGAGACUUCCUGUGAAGGGAAACAACGGGAAUUCGUAUCUGAUUCUCUACUCAUAUUACAUACCGUGUGCUUGUAUUCCUAGCUGUAGUUUUAACUGUGCCGAAGAGCUUGGUAAAUUGGCUCAUCUUCAUAGCAAAGACAUUACUACAAUCGUCGGGUAUUCGGCUGUCCAUGACCAAACAGACGAGCACAGCUCUGAAGUGUUUUUGAAGGAAGGUGGCGUAUCAUUGUUCCGAGAUAUGGCUGGGAAUAACGAUCACUUUCAAUUAGUUCAGGUUAUUACAGAUACAAAUAGUAGACCAAUGAAGGGAACGUUUCAAGAACUUUUUCAGCAAUGCCUCAUUAAAAAUCCUGUGUCGAUUUGCAUACCAGACGAAACAAAAGAACGCAUUGUGACAGCGUUUAUAAAUUAUAUCAUGCUUCCUAAUUUUAAAGCAUCUAUAUUUUUUGGUAAACUGUCCGAAAUGUCGAAAUUCUUCUUGCGAAAAGAAGUUAAAAGCAAACUUGAAGAAUCUAUAAGAAAGGUGUCAUGCGACAAAAUGACACUUGAUCCAGAAAACUGCAGAUCCUUGAUCAAAGCGUGUUUCGAUUCAGCUUUAGAUCAAACUGAUACACUUGCUUACCCGACAUUUGGCGCUACUCGAUUUUAUAAGCCUAUAGACGAUGCUAUGCGAUGGCGCGACGUCGAAGCCUUAAGCCGCAACUUUGAUAUAGAGUAUGUAAGUGUUCCAGACUGUGAGAAAAAGUUUAAUUCAGUUACUAGUCUUUGUAUAAGUAAAGCAGAAAAAAAGGGCAAAAAGGAUACUAAUACAUUACCAGAUAGGACUGGUCGUGAGUUCGAUGAUGAAGAAAAGCGAAGGCUAACAGGUUCAUCAGAUUUGAAACAGAAAACAGGACAAGUUAAACAAAAGCAAGGUGAAACGAGUAGGAAAAAAAUGUAACAUGCACCGACCUCCCUCAGUACUGAAAUGAGCUCCAAGCCCGAUCCAGAAAUUCUUGGACUAAUAAGUGUUAAAAUAAAAUAUUAAGCACUAUGUAAUUAUCGUCGAAUUUUGUAUUUUAGACAGUGUU